GUGCGGUGCUGCGGUACGAGACGGCCGUGGCAAGUUAAUUAGUCGCAGCCGCGGGACAGGCAGGACGCCUUUGGCGCCACCCAAAACACAAGCAACGACGGGACCCCGGCCCGCCCACUUGGCCACAGCUGGCAGGCGGACCCGGUCCCGGUCCCCGCGCCCGCGCCCAAUGCCCCGGUACCACGUGGCAGGCCUCAUAAUUCAGUCGCACGUACGCCGGGCCCACACGCCAGCAUCUCGCGCCCGCGCACGACGACGACGGGCGGGAUAAAUACGGACUCCGGACGCGCUCACGGACACGGGGCUUUUCUUUCCUCUGGUCAUCGUCGGAGCCGCAGCGGCAGCAGCAACCACCGGCGCGGAGAAGGCUGAAGGCGGCGGGGAUAGGAAUCAGUGAGCUGAAGGUCUUGACCAUGGAGGCGGAGGUGCAAGCGCGCGAGGAGCAAGAGGAGGAGGAGGUGGCGUGCGAGUGCUGCGGGUUCACGGAGGAGUGCACCGCACCGUACAUCGCCGGCGUGCGCGCGCGGUACGGCGGGAGGUGGAUCUGCGGGCUCUGCGGGGACGCCGUGGCCGAGGAGAUGUGCAGGGCCUCGCCGCCGGUGUCGCCCGCGGAGGCGCUCGACCGCCACGCCUGCGUGUGCGGCGAGGGCCGCCGCGCGUCCGCGUCCGCUCCGCCGUCGCCGGGCGACGAGCUCAUCGCGGCCCUGCGGCUCCUGCUCCGCCGCAGACUGGGCUCGCCGUCGCCGCCGAGGCUGGUCCGCUCCACGCCGAGCAGCCCGAGGCGCGACGCCGUCGCCCCCGCCGCGGCCGUGGGCGCCGGGCCCGGCGCCGGCGGCCCGCUCGCGCGCACCGAGAGCUGCUUCGCCGCGCUCGUGGAGUAGCAAGCGUCCAAGAGGCACAAACGAGGCCUCCCCGGAAAAUCAAAAAAGAACCUGAUGGUAGUCUCUUCUAGUUUCCCCUUUUUUGCAAUUUUCCUUCCUUCCGCCUCUGUAAAUAUGCAUGCCAUGUAAUCGCGUUUCUAGCUUAGGAUGAUGCAGCCGUGAGAGGAAUAAAACCAAUGUGUACAGAGUACAUACUGUGUUAGACUGUAUUUACAUGUGUAUAUUGUAACGUUGUAUACCACCUCAUUAUAUAUA